AUUUUGACCGUGAAAACUGGACCGAUCGAUGCUGGUAAGUCGUUUCCGUUGACUUGAACAGGAGAGCACAUUGAAAACAGUCCUUUCUGGUGUUUUUUUUCUACCUUUCAUCGAAUCGAAAGUUGAUCGUACAAAGCAGAAGUAAUUGCCAGCAAUUUAGGGACUGAGAUCAACACUCUGGUAGAAUCAUGCCUUUAUUUGGCUCAUCCAAAAAGAGUCCUGCAGAACUUAUAAAGAUUGCUAAUGAUGACUUACAAGUUAUCGAAAAUGAGUCCACUGGAAGCAGAAAAUAUGACAAGGCACUUGAAGAACUUGCUAAGACGCUAAGUGCUAUGAAGACAAUUUUGUAUGGGUCUGGAGACCAAGGUCCAGUGACUGAACAUGUGGCCCAGCUCGCACAAGAGAUAUACAAUUGUGAUCUCUUCAAGACCCUAAUACAACACCUACACAAACUAGAUUUUGAGAGCAAGAAAGAUGUGGCUCAAAUAUUUAACAGUGUUCUCAGAAGACAAAUUGGAACUCGAAGUCCAACUGUGGAGUACAUUGUGGACAAUAGAGAGAUACUUUUUCUCCUUAUCGGAGGUUAUAGAAGCCAGGAAGUGGCUUUAAACGAUGGGAUUAUGCUCAGGGAAUGCAUCAAAUAUGAGCCCUUAGCCAGAGCUGUGCUAGAUGAUCAAAGGUUCUAUAGGUUCUUUGAAUAUGUCGAAAUGUCAACAUUUGACAUUGCCUCUGAUGCAUUUUCAACAUUCAAGGAUCUCCUUACUAGGCACAAGAUUGCAUGUGCAGAGUUUCUAGAGAAAAAUUACGAAAGGUUUUUUGAACAUUAUUCCAAGUUACUGAACUCGGAUAAUUAUGUAACAAAAAGACAGUCACUAAAGCUUCUUGGUGAGCUGUUAUUGGAUCGGCAUAACUUUACUGUGAUGACAAAGUACAUAAGUAAUCCUGAGAAUCUGAAGCUGAUGAUGAACAUGCUGAGAGACAAGAGCAGAAACAUUCAGUUUGAAGCAUUCCAUGUAUUCAAGGUAUUUGUUGCAAAUCCUAAUAAAACCCCGCCAAUCCAGGAAAUUCUUGUUAAGAACAAAGACAAACUUGUCGAGUUCCUAACUAGUUUUCACAAUGACAGAACAGAGGAUGAGCAGUUCAAUGAUGAAAAAAUCUAUCUAAUCAAACAGAUCAAGGAACUGUAAUCACCCCAGUGUGGAAAUUAGUGUAAAUCUUAUUUUGUAUCCAAUAUCAAGUAUGUUUUUAACACCAGCGAUCUUCACGAUGUCUAGAAUGAAACAGCUACAGUACAUCAUACAGCUCUUGACAAAACCGUUAGGAGUGUAGACCAGGGAAACAGUGCUUAUUUUGGGGGGAUAUGUAUCAUGCUUAGAAAUAAUUGAUCUGAGAAUACUUCUAGGGGGGCGGAAAGUUCUUUGAGACAAACAAGUAAGAAAGAAAGUUGUCAUUAAUGAGUGGAGCCCAGUUAUGUUAUGAGCUCGAGAUUUCUAUCGCGUGAUGGCUGUUGAGGACGAAGCAAGAAUAAAUGAUCACGCAUACAAAGCGAGGGAAAAUGAUUUACUUGUUUGAGCAUAAAUCUUCAAGUUAUUCAAAACAACAGGACAGGCUCAUGUUUUAUUUGAUUUUGUUUACAACCAUACACUGCGAGGCUACUCACUUUUCCAACUGUUUAAAUAUAAACGGAAUAAUGAGCGAGUAGCAAAGCAAAUCAGAUUUUUGUUUUCCUGAUGGAACGCUAGUAGAUUUAUACCAAUACACAGUAUGGCGCUUUUCUUUGUAACUGAAGAAAAUUAAUUUUCAAUUCUCGCGUUUAGUUGCUAGACAUCUCCUGCUGCUUCAGUUAAGACAGUUUGGUGUUUUAUGAAAAUGACACCCAUUAAGUGAUACGGUUUGUUAUUCUCACACAUAUUUAGAGGAUAACGUAUAAAUAUUUUGAGGAAAAGUUAUAUGUCAAAAAUCUCUGAGAGUUGAAGGAUACAACAAGAGAGAGUGAAGCUUAGAGACUGAAUUCCUCAUUUCAAAUGUGAACACUUCCAUGUGUUGUUAUUUGUAGGUUACUCCUGUUUUCGGAGAUCCCUCGGGGAUUUAUUUGUCGCGGUUUCUUGAGGCCCCCUACUUGUUCUCCACCAAAACGAUUAAGUGACACGCGAGGUACUUGUAUUUCCUUCAGUUCUUUCUCUGAGCUUGAUCCUCUCGUCGUUCCAUAAAUUACCUGUAUUCAUACAUUGUAUGAAGGGUGUCUUUCAGAUCUUAAUUCUUAAACUUGUGUUGGCACUCUAGGUAGAGGUAAAAGUGUUUCACUAUCUUCCUCUUGUAAAUCGCAGAGAGUUAUUUCAUGAGUAAAUGUAUGGUUCAAAGGGGUAGAUCCUAACUCGUCUUUUCUUAAGAACACAGUUCUACAGCUAUGAACAGUUAUUGUAGGAGGUGCUGAGAUCGUUUAGACAUUUACUAGUCUGUUCUUUAUCUCUUCACACCAGCUGAGACCGUGCUCUUGCCUUGGUCUAAGAUAAUCAAAUUUGGAAUCUGUGACUAUUUUCAACACGAUGCUGAUAUCGCGUUUGUUAAGUUGGCUUUGACUGAGCUGUAAACCUUGAUCAGGUUUAUUUCGAGGAGCUACAUCGUGGCCAACACAGUUUAAAAAAUGUGCCAAAUUUUCAAGUUUGCCUCUUUCAAUCUAUGUCAAUCUAUGUCUUUUGAGUUAUUCGGCGUUUUUGGUGUUUAUUACUGGAAAUGGAGUAUUAAAGGUUCCUUCUAACUAAGAUUGUGCUUAAAUAGAUGAAAAAAUGCACGAUUUAUAUACACACAUUAUUACACCAGAA